AUGGAACCAGCCCAGACGCAGUUGGCUAGAGCUACUCCAGCUGUAAGCCAGAACGGAGGAACAUUGAACCCAUCAAUCCAUUCCGACCGUCUGUCAGUCGCCUAUAUGUCUCUAUGGAGUACAUUCCAAACGGACGCUUGCCGAGUGUUCCUACAAGCUGGUAUAGCCCAUGAAGUUCCACUGAACGAUGAGACGGAACUUUACACAGUCGGUAAUGAGCUUGGUUUAACCGGGAGGUUUGUCCGCAAUGUCUGCGACCCAGUUAUCAAAGCCCUCGAAUUGGUGCCAGGUAUGGCGUCAACCCGAUUUGCUGAUUUUCAGGCAAUCUCCACCCCACAAAUGACUACCCCAGACGUAUGUUUGGGGCUGGUUGCGACCAGCCUUAGACCUGGUAACGUUCAUCUGGUUGGAGAAAUGAAAACGCCCUGGACCAUCUCGGACGAAGAUCUUCAUAUCAACCGGCCCGAAUCAUUUCGCCUCGAGCCACUGAUAGGACAACUUGUUGCUCAGAUGCGCACAUGUUCAACUCGGUUUGGAUUUCUGUCCACCUACAACUCCACCGUUUUUGUUAAACGAGAAGCCGACUCUUCUUUUCUCCUUUCGUCGCCUAUUUGGCGUGGCGUUACACGGCCUUCCCUUCGCCAGUUACUUGCUGGUUUCUGUUUAAUGGCCGUGUCGGAGCCAAAGUACGUUGAAAGCGAGACAUUUGAGCCAAGAAACCUACGAGGCCCUCCUCCUUCCCGGGUCUCCGGCCGUCUACUUGAUAUUUCAGCUUACCACUCCCCGUCGAUGGCGAACCAAGAAGAGACUAUCACAUCGAAUAGUGUGAUUAUUAACGCUGGCGGACCUACCCCUAGGGUCGUUAACUGCCUUCAGCUGUUAUCAGAACCAACAGUUCAAAACAAGGCGACCUGGCUAGCAACUAUGGGUGGAUCAACGGUGAUACUCAAGUGCUGGGGACCUCAAUACGAUGAGCUGUUUGAAGCGGAGGCGGAAGUUUACAACCGCAUUUGGGCCCAGCAGCCGGCCGGACGUCGCAACUUCGCCAAGUGGAUCUCCAGGGGGGAAAUUGUUUGCUCAACUAUAUUCCCAUCAGGCUAUGUUCUUGUUCUAGAGCAGAGAGCCGGAAUGCGGCUUGACCGACUCUGGCAUGAUCUAUCCGAGGGUGAACGGGCUUACAUUCAGUCCGACUGCCUUAAUGGCAUCCAUGCUUUGCGACAAGUGGGCUUCCGACUUGAUGAUCCUGGACAGCACAAUAUUCUCUAUGACAGAGAUAGUCGUGUGGUAACUCUUCUUGACUUCGAAAGUGCGCAACUAUUAGAAAGUCACACCUACAUCUCAACAUAUUAUGAGAUGCGCAUCAUAUUUCGCUCCGACCUUCUGUUAGGACGUCCAUCUGGAGGUUAG